AUGCAUCUCCUGAUCUCGUUUCUCCUCCUGUUCGGAUCACUAUGUAGUUUGGGUGAGUGAGCAAGCAUCCAGUUUUUUAAAAAUCAAAUUUUUUCAAAUCCAGUGACAUUUUCUAAUGUUAAUAAUGGUAAUAGGACCGAGUGGAGUCCAAUUCGGUCUGUGAUCAUACGAGUGAUUAACAAAAUCGGACGACCGCAAAGCGGGAGUCCGAUUUGUUUAUCACGAGUAUGAUUACUGACAGAAUUGGAUGACAAGAAAUCCUGUUACCAAUUAAUCAUAACCAUUUCAAUUUCCGAAAAAGCAAAUACACCUAGAACAAACAUCUCCAGUGGAGACAAUGUCUUUAGUUAAAUAUUCCUCCAUUUUGGAAAUUGCCUUGUUGCUAUGGUUAUUGUGAUCAAUUCUGUGAUUGGUGGAUUUAGCCGAGUGGACCUAGUAUGAUUGGCUGCUUCAACUGUCCGCUUACUGGUGUCCAAUUACAGCCAACUGUCCGAUUACAACUGUACAGAAUGAUUAGUGAAAAUGGAGCAGCUGAUGCACCAAUCACAUUUGAGGAAAUUGUAAUGGUUAUGAUUAUGGAUGUAAUAAGUUACCUUGUGAGGGUAACUGAACAAAACAAACAAACGAACGGAAUCAAAAUAAUAAGGGCAGAACUAGGAAGCUCUACGGUGCUUAAAAUAACUUUUCUGUGUCUUCGCUGGAGAGUCAUAGGUUGGUCAUCUGGGCCCAGUUGUUCAAAGGGCUGAUAACGCUAUCCAACGGAUAAGUGUCACCAAAAAGUACCGCGCUAUCCACAGGAUAGAGAUUUAUCCAGCGGAUAACGUUAUCCACCCAUCAAACAACCGGGACUAGCUGGUAUUUAACUCAAAGUAAUCCAUACUGAAAUUGCAUAUAAAUCGAUGCGUUAUUACGGUUCAGUAUUGAACAGAUCAGAACAGAUGGAACUCGAUAGUUUGGCGGUUAUGGCUAUUUAUAUACAGCUGUUUCGAGAAAGGUUUUUGGAAAAAAAGCGUAAAAGUGAACGCGAUUACUCCGAAAGGUAUUUGGAGUAGUUUUCAGGUCACGGUUCCUUGACCUCAGGUUUUUAGGAAAAUUUGAGAAAAUGGGCAAGGCAUCGCGAGUUCGAUGAAUUCAUUUAUGAAUUUACUCAUUAAAAUUCACCGAUUAUCAGAUUUCCACAUUAUCUUUCGAGAUUGUCGCGUGCACUUUUGUCCUUUUUACUGACAACCUCUCCUAAAACAGCUGUAUACCAGUCCCUUCAUUAACUUAUUGAGACCACUAACUCUUACGUAUUCCUUUAGUCUCAGGCAGACCCUCACCUCAGUGGCUCUAUCAGCAGAUCCACGCGCUUCCAGAUGAUGGUAAUAAACAUGCAACUGCUGAACUCCAUACCAAGAAAUCUGAAAUUCCUUUUAAGAGGAAAGAUGGCGUGAAGAGGCUGUUUAACUUCCUUGAUUCUGCGAUACAGGAAAGUGGAAGCGGAAGUGGCGAGGGAUCAGCGGAUGACCACGUUACUAUGGCUACUGAACAACACGUUAGUACAACUGGCUCUAAAGGAAAGCAGCCUGCAGUAGUCGGUAAUCCCGUGAGCCCCAAAAAGCAGAAGACAACAAGCUUUGGUGACUCUCCGCAAAAGAAAAAGGAAGCCCAGGGACAUGGAGUAAAUGAAGGCCAGCUUCCAAUAAACGGGCGUAAAAAAUUUUCUUACGAUGCCAGUUCAAAUCUCCAGAGCCAUUAUGCAGCUACAAAUCAACAAGGAUUGCAGAAAUUCACAGUACCACAACAAACAGCAGGAUAUAUGUCCAAUGGAGGGCUUCAGACUGUAAAAUGUAAGAGCUUGAGAGUAAAGAAUUCCCAUGUAGUUUUCGGAUAAAUUUCCUAAACUAGUUAUGGUUUUUUUCUUUCCUCUUCGAAUCAGAUUCACCAAACAUUUCUUUUCACUCUCGGACCAUGCAUGGUAGUCAAAGAAAAACAACUGGCUACUCGGUUGCUGGUCAGCGGACACAGUCGUAUGGUGAUGGGGUGUCGAGUAGGCGACCACCGGCUAUUCCUGUGCGAAGUCAAGUCUCCGCAAGUCAAGGAUUACCAGUGAAGGCUCUGCCGGCGCAGAAUUUGAUUCAUGGUUUGUUUUCAUUCACUGAUAAAUAGCACCCCAUCCGGCAUGACGGACCAGUCGAUAUUUAUUGCCGGGGGGGGAGCUCUAUGUAAUAUUCUCAUGACCCGCCCCCCCCCCCCCAAAUUCACUGACUGUCAAUUUUCUAUCAUCCUACCUUAUAUUCUGAUGUCGACGACUGAUCCCCCUCUGCUCCUCCUGAAUACCAUGUAAUCCUUCCCAAUAUCCUCCGCCCCCUCAAGGUGGUUCCUAAGUCUGCGUUAAACAUUUUAGAUUGAAGGCUUCAACUGCUCUUUCGUGGAAACGUUUUGUAGAAAGUGCACGACAGAUUUUGUAAGUCUUCUGUGUAUAAUCUCCACGAUGGUUACCAGACAUCGUUACCGUGUACAAAUUUCAAUAAUUUUUUUUGCAGGAGUGCCACACAGAUCGAACAUACAAGGACCAUUUUACACUACGUUUACAUUUACCUUCCCGAAUUCAUAUAGAGACUAUUACAGGUCCAAAGGCAUCAAGUCUACCGAGCCGCUUCAGGGAAAUGCAUAUGGUCAGCUACAGAGACAACGGAAUCACUUUCAUCAACAAGUGAGGGCACUUAUCCCCGGGAGAGUACCUCUGGCACAACCAUACAAUCGUUACCCCUACCCAGCAUCCCUUACGGGUGUUCCUGGUCAAACUAGAGGUGCUAUUCAAUCUCACUUUCAAUACAAUCCUCACAGUGUUGCAGUUUCUCGCGCUCGCUUUCCUGUUUUCCCACGUGUUGUUAAUACUCCACCCAAUUCAGCAAGUUUCCCUGGAAAGUUUUACUACAGAAACACUAUUCCAAAGCAGCAGGCAAGUUUUGCACGCAAUGCACAAGGUUCUUUUCACACCUAUAGUUAUCCACUGUUUCAGCGGGCACAGGUUGAGCGGGCUGAGAUAAGCCGAAAACCACAGCCUCAAAUUCCGAUGUCGUCGUUGACGGCAGCAGCAGCCAGAGGUUUACGACAACUCAGCCAUACUCAGCCAUGGCUGAAUCAGUCUGGUCUUCGUCUGCUCCACAAAAAAAGACACGUGCAGUGA